GGUUAGGAGCUGAACGGAGCUUGUUUAAAUGGUGCCACGUGUCCUUAAGCGGGCUGAAUUCAGAAUACCAAAUAAUUUGGCGGGUUAUCUUUCCUCAAAAUUCAAAUCAUUUGGCGCUAUAACCUAAUCUCCAUUUUAAUCUUACCGCUCCCUUCAGUUCCAUUUCUCUUUCACAAAUAAGAUCCACUUCUCUAUUAUUCCUCCACACAGCCACUAUCCCCUAAUCUCCUAUUUAUCAAUCCCAUAUUGAUUCAAAAUAAUUCAUGGAAAGUGACGACGAUUAUCAGUCCUUCCCGUUGCCGGAGGAGGCUUCUCCGGAGAUCCGACGUCCUAGAUUCAAGCGUUUGAAGAAAGCUCUAGAAGCUUCCAAAAAUCAACAUCCUCCCCCAACUAUGCCAAUAGACGAAGUGUUUGACUUUCCUAAGGUUGAUUUUGCAAAAUUGGAAGCUCUAGAAGCUUCCAAAACCCUAGAAGAAGAUUCUGCUGAUUCAACUGAACUUGUAUCAUCAUCACUGGGCAGCGAGGAAGAGACAAGAUCUGAGUCUGGCUUUGAGGAAAAGGGUGGAGAGAGUAGGGAAGAAUUGGAAGCUUUAGAAGCUUCCAGAACCCAGGAAGAUUCUGCUGAUUCAACUGAACUCGUGUCACCACACAACAUCGAGGAUGAAAAGGGCGGUGAGGAUGUUCUCGUUUCUAGCGAGCAGAACAAAGAGGUUAAAAGAUUUCUGGAUUUUGGUGAGGAUGAUGAUCAGUCUCGUGGGAAAGAACAUGAAACGAGUAGGGAAGUUGGGGAAGAUUUGGAAUCUGGUGACGUGGCAAAGGAGAUGGAGGAUUUGGAUAUGGAGAAAUUGGGAACACAACAAGAUGUUGAAGGAGAUGGGGAUCUGAAGGAAGAUGACAAAACGAAAAAGAAGAAGAAGAAGAGAACUAAAGGUGACAUUGGUAGUGAAGCGAAGUCGAAAGAAUUGGCUUCGAACAAAAGAAGAGAAGCAAAGGAGAGAAAAAUAUUUCUUCAGCAGCUUCAUGUUGAUACUCAGCGACUAUUGCGAGAAAGUAAGGAUGCAACAUUUAAGCCUGUACCUGUUAUACAUAAGCCUAUAUCCUCUGUUUUGGAGAAGAUUCGGAAAAGGAAGCUCGAGGUCUUGAAAAACAGGACUGGGAUGCUAAGCGGCAACAGUUCCAUUCACAAGAUUAGUGCUUCAAGUGAGGUUAUGAUGGAAUUAGGUGCAAAGAAUGCAUAUUCCGAAGAGCAGAGAGUUGACAAACUGGACAUAGAGUUGGGAGAGAAGGUGGAUGUAAAUGGCAUAGAAAUGGAUAGGACUACAGAUACCUCUAAUAUUGAUGGAAUUUCGGUAUCUCCAAUUACUAGAAGCAGUGAAAUUGCUCCUGAUCAAAUGGCUUUGGAUGAAAUGCCCAACGCUGUAUUUAGAGCUCCAGUUGAUGACACUCAGGAUCUAUUUGAUGACUCUGAACAAACAGGCAGUAAGGAUGAGAUGCUUGAUGACCCGGCCUCUAGUCCUUUGGAAGAAGUAAUGGCACCAUCUCUCCUUGCUUUGAACUUGAAGUUCGAUUCUGCCCCUCCAGAUGAAAGUUCCUCAGAUGAGGAGGACAAUGACAAGGAGAAUGUAAAUCCAUAUACAAAAGAAGGCGGUGAUGGCUGCAGUUCUCCAAAGGGAGACCCAGUUAAAGCAUUUGUUGAUGAUGAAGCGGAGGAAGAAGAUGACAGUGAUAAUGACCUAUUACGGUUCGGCGAUGAAGAAGACGAAGAUAUUGAUGAUUCUGCUGAACUCCAUGAUAUUAUUGCCACUGAUUACAAAGAAAAUCCAGUUGAUAAAGAAAAGCGGAAUGAACUUCAUCAAAAGUGGCUUGAGCAGCAGGAUGCUGCUGGAACUGAGAAUUUGCUGCAACGGUUAAAAUGUGGUGUAGAACAAAAAGAGACAAUGUUGGUCGAUGAUGAACUAGAAAGCGAUGAGUGUGAUGAAGAGGUCAAUAAUGUCACUGACACGGAUGCAAUACCUAAAAGUUCUGCUCGACUAAAUUCAAAAAAGGCAAAGCAAAUAAUAAUGCAGAUGUUUGUGGAUAAAGAUGAGGUUUACUUAUCUGAUGAAGAUGAGGAAACUGAAAAGAGGCUUGUAAAGCAGCGCAUGCUAUAUAACUCUGAGCUGACAACAGUAGUAUCACCUAUUGAGGAUGAAAGUUCCAGUGAGUUAUUUGGACUUAUAAAGAAGCUUAAUACUGUGCCUGACAAUAAAAGAAAAGCAAAAGCAUCCUCGUUCUUUGAUACAGUGCUAAGGGACCAAAAGAAGAAAAGCUCUCUGAAGGUAAAUUUUGUCUUAAAUUACUUUAUGACUUGGCACAUGAAACUGAGGUUGGGUGUAAAUUAUCCAUGUAUACAGUGCUAUCGAGAAACAUUUAUCUAGAACUUUUAGGAUCAUGUUUAAUUGUAGUCUACUCUAUUUUAUUUUGAGAUACUAGCUCCCCCCCCCCCCCNUUACUGAUUUGGGAUUGAAGAAGUGAUUAACCAUGGACUCACUCCUCAGUGUUCUAUACUUACCAGAUAUUAGCAUGUUAGAGCUGUGUCUAGGGAAUAUAUUUUCAUUUGUUUGCAUGCCCUAUCAAAGGUACCAUUGGGUACACUAAGGCUUUGGGGGCUCUGUUUGUGAAUAUGUUUUUCUUCAAGAAUGCCACCACACUCCGUGCUUCAUUGUUGGGCA